UCCACUUCAGUCACCAAACUCCUCCUCUGCAGCAGGAAUGGCUGCGCCGGCCCCUGGAGAGGAAAAGACCCUCCAAGAGGAGCUCUCGCUCCCAAUUAUUUUGGCUGACCGGCUCUGCAAGUCGGCUCAUGAAGCCGAGUCAUCCAAGGUGGAGUGCGCCGAGCUGGCCAAGCAAGUGGACCGCCUCUCCCAGAUGCUCCGCUCCACGGUCCGACUCGCCUCCGCCACCCAAACCCUCUACGAGCGGCCCGUGCGGCGGAUCGUGGCUGACGUGGCGAAGAACCUGGAACGAGCCCUAACCCUUGUCCGCAAGUGCAAGCAUAGUGGCGUCCUCCGCCAGGUCUUCUCUAUCACCUCCACCGCCGACUUCCGCAAGGUCUCGAGCCUCCUGGAGUCCUCCAUCGGCGACAUGAAGUGGCUGCUUUCGAUCUUCGACUCCGACGGCACUAACCUCUCCCUCCCCCCCAUCGCCAGCAACGACCCCAUCCUCGCCUGGGUCUGGUCCUUCAUCGCCACCAUCCAGAUGGGCCAGCCCAAGGACCGCGCCGACGCUGCCAACGAGCUCGGGUCUCUCGCGCGCGACAACCACCGCAACAAGAAGAUGAUCGUCGAGGAGGGAGGGAUUGGACCGCUGCUCAAGCUUCUCAAGGAGGGCUCCUCCCCCGAGGCCCAAAUCGCCGCCGCCACUGCUCUCUGCAACAUCGCCACCGACCGGGCGAGGGUGCGCUUCGUUGUGGAGUCACUCGGAGUUCCGGUGAUCGUUCAGGUGCUCGGGGACUCUCCGGCGAGGGUUCAGGCCUCCGUGGCGAAGCUGGUGGCGCUGAUGGCCGACCUGGACCCCGAGGCGCAGGAGGAGUUCGCGCGAGAGAACGCGACGAGGCCGCUGGUGUCGACGCUGGCCAUGGACACGGUUCUGGACGAUCCGAAGCCUCAGUCUGGUAAGACCAGCAUUCAUUCCCUUGUUCAGAUUAACAAAGAGCUAGCUGAGAGUGGCAAAGUAGUACGAAACUAUCAUAACAAUAGUGGGUCGUUGGGUCAUUCGCAUUCCGAUGGGAGUAGCAAAGGUAGUGGGCAUUAUAAUAGAAAGGAGAGGGAGUGGGAGUCGGAGACACCUGAGGUGAAGCUUAUGGUCAAGAUCAGCUGCGCAGAGGCGCUAUGUAAAUUGUCCAAAGAGAGUUUGGCAAAUAGUAGGAAAAUUGCAGAGACAAAAGGGUUGCUUUGCUUAGCCAAGAUUGUUGAGGUUGAGAGAGGAGACUUGCAACUCAAUUGUUUGAUGACUGUGACGGAGAUAGCCGCCGUGGCAGAAUCCAAUCCCGACCUUAGGCGAGCUGCUUUUAAGCCCAGUUCACCACCUGCAAAAGCGGUGUUGGAUCAGCUUUUGAGGGUAAUUCAAGAAGGGAGUAGUCCUACAUUGCAAAUUUAUGCAAUUAGAGCAAUUGGGUGUUUGGCACGGACUUUCCCUGCGAGGGAGUCACGGAUAAUUGGUCCAUUGGUUGUGCAGCUUGGUAGUAAGAAUGUGGAUGUGGCAAUGGAGACUGCUGUUGCGCUGGGAAAAUUUGUGUGUCCAGAGAAUUUCAAUCGCGUGGAGCAUUCAAAGGCGAUUGUAGAGUUUGAAGGGGUUCCGCCGCUAAUGAAGCUGUUGCGGGCCAAUGAACGGGCUCAAGUGCCUGGAUUAGUUUUGUUGUGUUAUCUUGCAUUGCAAGUUGGCAAUAGCAAGGCCCUCGAACAAGCACGGGCAUUGAAUGCUCUUGAGGGUGCAGCCCGUUCUGUUGUAGCUCAAAAUCCUAGUUUGAGGGAACUGUUUGCUGAGGCCAUACACCACCUCACUCUUUAUCAGGCUGGAGCUCAUCCCCACAGGCAGCCUUAUGCACCCUAAAGCCAGUGUGUUGGCUGCCAGAAUUAUUCCUCGAUGUGAGUGUGUCUUAGAUUGUAACAUACCAAGAACAGAUUGUUACAAUCUGAGCAUUAAAAACACAAAAUUUGACUGUAUAAUAGGCUGUUGUUCACGGUAUUGAAUCAUCAUACCGAAUAACUGUAUCAAUUAGUUGAGUUAAUACAAUUAUAUGAGUGGAUGUUUUGAUAUGUACAUGUAAUUAUUGCACAUAAUUUGACGGAAUUUUACCGUUGUAUUCUUAAAGAGUUGCUAAUUCUUGUUUCUCCUA